GAAAGGGCAAUCCUGUAGAGUAAAUGUAUUUUGUCUGAAAGAAAAGGAAACUCGAAUCUUGUCAAAAUGCCGCUGUUCAGUAGCUCUUCCCCGUUCGAUGCAGAUGUCGAGAAAGUUACCAGUGAGUUGAACACCACAGAAGACUGGGGUCUUAUCAUGGAUAUCUGUGACAGAGUAGGAAGGGUUACCAAUGGACCUAAAGACUGCCUGCGUUCUAUAAUGAAGAGAAUUAAACAUCCAAUACCCCAUGUGGGUAUGCAGGCUCUCACACUACUUGGUGCUUGUGUGAGUAACUCUGGUAAAAUAUUUCAUUUGGAAGUCUGUUCCAGAGAUUUCUGUACAGAAGCCAGGAAUAUAAUAUCUAAGGGUCAUCCCAAGGUAGCUGAAAAGUUGAAAAAUCUGAUUAAACAAUGGUCUGAAGAAUUCAAGAAUGAUCCACAAUUAAAUUUGAUUCCAUCAAUGUACAAUAGUUUAAAAGCCGAAGGGCAGGACUUUGUAUCUUCUGAUCAGCCUAAAUCUAGUAGUGUUACAGUCAGUAAAGAUCCCAAUGUUGUUUCUUCACAACAAGAAGAAGAUGACAUCGCUAAAGCAAUUGAGUUGUCCUUGAGUGAUGGUACCCCCAAAGUGUCUAGUCUCUACCCUACCGCUAUAUCAUCGUCAUCAUCCCCAAGAAAAAAUGAAGCUAGAAAGGUCAAAGCACUGUAUGAUUUUGAAGCAGCUGAAGAUAACGAACUGACAUUUAAAUCUGGUGAAUUAAUCACUGUUACAGAUGAUAGUGAUGCCAAUUGGUGGAAAGGAGAGAACUUUCGUGGUAGUGGUUUAUUUCCAUCCAACUUUGUAACAGCUGAUCUGACUGCCGAACCAGAACCAGUAAUCAAAGCCAAGUCAGUUCAGUUCAAUGAAGAAGUUGAAGUUAGAACGUUAGAUACGUCUCCACAAAUAGUUGAGAUAGAUGAAGAAAAGAUGGAUAAAGCUUUGGAUUUAUUACAGAAUGCUGAUCCUACUGGUGAUGAAAGACCAGAUACUCAAGAGAUGCUUAGUCUAGAAGACCAAUGUAAACAAAUAGGACCGUUAAUAGAUACAGAACUGGAGAAAAUAGAUCGCAAACACGCCCAGCUGACGGCUUUAACAGAGAAAUUGAGAGAUGCGUUUGCCCUGUAUCAUCAACUGAUGAAGGACGCAACUUAUUAUGCUUACUCUUCUUAUAAUAAAAUGAAUCAACAACAAUACCAACAACAAAUGCCAAUAAGUCAAUCCAUACCCUACGGACAGUACAUGCAAGGUCCACCUCCAUCCCAAGGUCAACCAAUGUCACCUCCGCAAGGUCAUCCAAUGUCCCAAGGACCUCCGAUGACGCAGGGUCAGCCACAGCAAAUGACACAAGGACCUCCAAUGACGCAAGGUCAAGUAGUCCAGAUGUCCCAAGUACCUAUGAGCCAAGGAACUGCAAUGACCCAGGGUCAAAUGCCACAGAUGAGUUCCAUGCCUCAGAUGUCUCAACAGAUGCAAUAUACUAGUUCAAUGCCACCGUCGUCUUACAGUCACCCAGUUUCUUCACUUCAACAACAACAGCUAAAUCAAAACAAUGUACAAGGCCCUCCUCCAGUAACAGACGGCCCUAACACCCUACACGGGCCUACUAGUAUGCCGCCCUCUAUGGUACAGCAACCGAUGUAUUUACAGCCUCAACAGCAACAGCAAUUGUUAUAGUAUUAGUCAGAUUGCUGUGUGGAAAUUAGUAAUAUUUUUAGCCGUGUUGUCCUUUUAGGCAACGCCUUCUGCUUAUAUGGAACACAAUCAAAUUUAUUCAUUUUGUAAUAUAUGGAUUGCUAAAACUGUGGAUUCAAUUGCUUUAUGUUGUAAGAAUCUGAAAGAGGAGCGAUAUCAGCUGACAUGCUGCUUGUCUAUUUACAUGUGAUUGACUGACUGAUUGUCUUUGUAACAUAAAAUGUAUUCGGUCGGACGGCUUUAUUUGAGCCCAACUUCUUCGUAACUCGAAAUAUGACCAUUCUUAGAACUACGGUGUAUAUACUAAAUGAACUACUGUGUAAUGCGUGUGAUGGGUCUUUAUGUGAUUGUAGCUACCAAACCUUGGUCAAAUGUUAUGCUUUUAUAAAGUCCUGUACAUUUUGUUAUUUAGUAUAAGAAUUACUUGUGAGAAACUGAAAGAUUUUUAUUUAACUGACAGACAUAAUAUUUAACUGUUCGGGGAUUUGAACAAAGUACAGAUAUGGUGCUGUCGUACAAUAUUUUCAACUCCUGUCUGUAUUUAUCUCAUCUUUCAUUUGUGUGUGUGUGUACCACGUGUAAACAACCACUCACUGAACUUUAAUGACAUUUGUUACAUAGAUGCUUUGUGAUGAUCCACAGAUCUGAACUAUGUGAAGAAAUCAUAAAUCAGUGUUUAUACUAAAAUAUAUGUACAAUAUAAAACAUAAAUAUUAAAUAAUACUUACAACCAA